CACAUUACAGGAGAUGCCGUUCUCCGAUCCAAUUUCCAAGGUGCCAUCGAUUAUUUAACAACACAAGUCUUAGCUGCCGGUAACGACAACACCCAGCGCCGCAAUCGACAACUUGCUGCCUUUACUCCUGGUGGUGGCGGACGCGGUGGUGAUGGUAGAAGUGGAGGUCGUGGCCGAGGAAAUGGCGCCCCAAAUCGCCUGCAAUCGAAUGUUCCAGAUUGCUUUAGCCGCAAUGGGAUACUACUAAAUGAUGGAGGUUAUUCAAAUCAAAUCUGGAGAGAGGAGUUUACGCAAGAAGAAAGAGACAUCUGUUUAGCAAUGCGUCGCAACCGUCGCAAUGGUGGUUGUCGUGGCGGAAGAGGCCGUGAAGGCCAUGGUGGUCGUGGUAGAGGUCGUGGUAUCAGCGCUGUCCAUGAUGGACGAGCUGAUCAAGAAGAAACAAAGGAAGAAAAUAACAAUGAUGGGCGUGGGGCAGGUGCAGGAAUGAGUCGUUGCCGUCGCAACAAUCGUGACGAUGAUUGA